CCGGGGCCGGCAUGGCGUGGCCCUGCAUCAGCCGCCUCUGCUGCCUGGCGCGGCGCUGGAACCAGCUGGACCGCUCCGACGUGGCGGUGCCGCUGACCCUGCACAACUACUCGGACCUUGAGAGCGAGGAGCCGGGCCCGGGCGGCGGCGCCUCGCGCAGGGGCCCGUCCCCUGCAGGCGCCCGGGACCCUGGCCGGGACGUGCCACUCACUCAGUACCAGCGGGACUUCGGUGUGUGGACGCCCGCGGGGCCCAGGGAUGCGCCGCAAGGGCGGGGGCCCGGUGCGAGCGGCCGCAGGAGCAAGCCCCCCACGGCCCCCAGCCGGGGCGUCUACGUGCUCCCCAUCGGCGACGCGGAUGCGGCUGCAGCGGUGACCACGUCGUACAGACAGGAAUUCCAGGCUUGGACUGGAGUGAAGCCAUCGAGAUCCACAAAGGCAAAACCUGCCACGGUCCUCACAACCCACAGCUCCGGCUGGGACGGCAGCCCUGGGGUCAGCUUCCAGGCUACUGAGGGGAGGAAGAAGUUCACCCCUAACCCGUCAGCCAUCUUUCAUGCUCCUGCUCCCCGGAUCCUCAACGUGUGACUGCCACCAAGGAAGAGUGCCAUAGUGGAGUUGGAACACAGUGCUGCUGAGAUGGGGAAUGGGGUGAGAUCUUGGGACUGGUUCCCUGCUGUCCCAGGGGAAAGGCCUGUCUUUUGCUGCGGGCACCACUCUCCCCCACUGCCACCCGGACUGCAGGCCUGGUGCAGAGCAGAGGUGCAGAUGGACAUGGCCCCACACAGCUGGGCUCUGGGCCUCAACCAUCCUCUUGUUCCUCAAGGCGAGUAUAGAAGGCUUCAGAUCUUUUUUAAAUUGCCUCUUUUGGCCACCCUUCCGUUUUUAAAUCUGAAGAACUUAAGGAUCAAUUCUGCUGUGAACUGAAUUGGUCCACGGGGGCUGAGGACUAGGGACAGAACAGUUGCUCGAAAGAAACCAGUAAGGUCCACCUUCUCGUUUUCCCAGGCCGCAUGGAAACUUUGUAACCUAUGGCCACCCACAGUACUGUCCUUGGAUAUUCCUACAAAUGGCCCCACCAUUCAGGUUGUAGAAGAAAUCUUAGGUAAUCACCUGCAUGUGACUCAUGAUGCUGAGUAACCAGGAUGACAUUUCCAAAAGGUACAGAGUAUCAGUUAUAUGGUUUCAAUUUCAAAGGCAUAUUUUAGAGCCAAGAUGACCCUUACAUUUUAACAAAAGGUUUCUUGUGCUGAGUGCUUUAAGUACUGAGUGAAUGACAUUUAUCUUGGGGCUUCUGAGCCCCAUAGUUUAUUACUAAUUCCAGUUUUUUCCCUUAACAGUGGAUUAGAAGGGAACAUGGUACACACCUGCUAAGCAUUGGGAGCUUUUUGGGGUAAGAAGUGUCAUUAGCCUUACUCCCUGAGAGACUGUAGAGUGUCAUCUCUACCAGCCCCUGGACUCCCACCCUGCUCUCUCAGUCACAGGGAGCUGUGAGGAAGCAGCUGUUGACUUUGGAAAGCUGCCUCCUUUCCCAGUAAGUCCCAGCCCAUGUGGCCACAGGGAGCCAGCCUGGCCCGGGUUUGCACAGCAGGUGGUCAAACCUUUGAAGGGGUUUCUGCCCCUUCUUAUAGAUUAGGGUGCACAAGGUAAUGGCAGUUUUGGGUAAAGGAAACUCAAGGAUUUCCCUUUGGAUCUUUAUCCCGCUCCAGCCCCAAGGGGCUCUGGAGAACAUUUACUUAAGCAGCCUGCAGUGGCACUCAGGUUUCACAGCCCCUGAGAGCUGGAGGGAACCUGGUCCCUCAGAGGGGCUAGCUCUGGCUGGCACAGCCUUCCCUCAGUCCUGCAAAGGAGAUGCUCUGAAUCAUUUUAAAGCCAGAAAACCCAAAUCAUAUGCUUACACAAAGAGUUCCAUUAUUUCAGACUUCAUUGGUUUGCAUGUUAAAGGUUUCUGAGGGAAAAGAGACUGCCUGCUGCUGUGCAUUCUGUGGGAAAUGAACAGAUUAACCGUACAAUCUGAUUUUACUAAAAUGCGAAAAUGCACUGUUAUGGUUUAUUUCCUUAAUUAUAAACAUGGAGCACCUUCUCAUAUGUCUUUAUCCUCCUCUUGGUAAUAAGGACUUUAUCAACUACUGCUGGUUGACCCUUGGAGGCUUGCAAAUCUUAGGGACUCCCCCUUUGGACUGCCCUCCACACUGGCAUUGGAUGCAGUACCUCACGGAGAUCACCACCCUCCCUGCAGCCGAGCCCUGGUGCAGUACCUCAGCAGGGUAAUGGGGGCCUGCCUCUGGAAAGCAUAGUGUGUGCCCAAGGAACCUUUCUGGAAUGUACCAGGACAGCUUUUCACAAAACCCCCAAUCCAAUCAUUGUCCUCACUAUGGUGGAGGAUCUUCAUUAGUAGGAGAUCUGGGUUCUGAAGAAGGAACUUCCUCCACCCAUGCUAGGUCUCAGUAAAGCCUGCCCUCUUGUUACUGGAGUGGCCUUCCAAAGCACCUGAGACCGUAGUCUCAACUGUGUGGUGUCAACCCCCAACAUAUGUCCUACACAUCUAUAUAAACUAGAUAAAGAUAGAAAAAUACAUUGGAAUACUAAUGGUGGUUAUCUUCGGGAAGGGGAAUUAUGGGUAACAAAUUUUUUACACCUUGCUAUAUUUGCUAAAGUUUCUACAUAAGCAUUUUUGUAUUAAUUCUGUA